GGGGGGUCGCUAUGUUUCCUGUCAUAGUGUUUCUAUAAGCGCGUCUUGUUGUGUCCCCGCAGCCCCGUGCCUGCCGUAUACAUUCAGGAGGGUACUUAGCAGAGUGCCUCUCUGGAGCUGAGGCACAGGGGCAGUGGGUGGAGGGCACUCCCGGGUAAUGGCAUGGUCCUGAACGCCGGUUGUUGUAGUAUUGCCAUGGGAGCCCGGGCUGGAGAAGCCAAGGUGAGCGCCUUCCGUCACAGGACAGAAGGCCCAUCUGGAAGCCAUGGUGCACAGCGGAGUAGGUUCCAGGGCUCCUGUUCCCUCUGAUGUAGACAUGUCACUGGAUCUCUCCAUUACUGGGCAACGCUCAUCAUUGCCACCAAGAAAAAGCAGAAGUGCUUACAGAUUUAAAGCUUCUAACUCUUUUGUGGAUGAGGCCCUUUUUGGGAGCUCUGUGGGUAAAGUAGACCCCGCUCUUCACUGGACCAUAGGAACACCUGGCCAAGAAUCACAUUUACACUGCCCAGAAGAGAAGACGUAUACAGCAAGCAGUGCCACGGCUAGGACUGCUUGCUCCCCAGUAGGGACUCCACGGAAGAAAACGCAGUAUCGGGUGAAAAGCCGCUCUCCUUCUUAUUGUGAUGAGUCUCUUUUUGGACCAAAAAUAGAAGACUGUGGUUGGGAAGCGCCAUGGGUAAAAAAAGAAGAUUGCAUCCGGAUUCGUCCCCUUCUUUGGAGCCCGCCACCAGUAAUGCGGCCCCAUAGCUCUAAGUCAAACACCAACCAGAUUCCUGUUCGAGCGAUUCACCCUCCUGAUGACAGAAACACCUCUCUUGGAACACAUAAAGGAACCAGGAAUUUUUGGAAGCCCCCAGAAAGUGACUCUGAUUCUGGUGGAUGUCCUUCUGUGGGUGAUCCACCGGCUAGUGCCAAAGCUCGCUGGAGCUCACCGAGAAAGGACACUCCUCGGUCAGCAAGCUGCUCAGGAAGACUGACUGCGAGGAGAGGUUUUUUAACAGAGAGACCAGCAUGGAAAUAAUCUGUGCCUUUUAAAAGGGCUGUCCUAUUAGGGCAUAUGGAUGUCCUCUGGGCUCCUAUCUAUCAACCAGAUUGGAGAGCAUCUCUGUAUGAGCGCCUCCUGUUGUGGUGAACUCAAGUCACCCUUGUAUUACACCUCCUAGGCAGUCAUAUAAUACUAGAUAGGCCUGGCUGUGGAGUACUCCAGAAAAAUCGUCUGUUUUCAAGAGGCGCAGGGAGCGGUGAUCAGCUCAUCAUCCUCGGGGCUGUAUUUGGACUGGGACUGUCUCUGAUGAGCCAACCCCUUUAAUUCAUAAAUGCAAUUGGGUUGGAUUAUAGAGUGCUUAUUGUAUGAGGGCUGUUUUUCUAAGAGUCGGUGCUACUUAGAAGAACAAUUCAUGUUGUU